CAUGGGUGUGAGCGCGUGCCGGUAUUUGUUGGACUCCUGGUGGUUAUGAGUCAUCGCCAGACAGUCAUCGUGGUUACAGUCGUGUCUGAACAGCUCUACACUUGCCAAAGGACGUGUAUUAGGAAACACACUUUCUCUCUAACUGCCCGACAGGAUUGAGAUGUUACAUUUUAGGUUUUCCACAGUGCUGAAGGAGUUGUUUGAAGCCACCCUCAAGCGUCCCUUGCCCGGCUGUAGACAGAAGACCUGGUUGCCGAUCCGCCACUGCUGCUUCGGCGCCGCCUCCGUUGAUGCCCGAUCCGUGUCUACUCAACUGAAGGUCCUCCAUGCCGCUGCUCACCGCCCGGCUCUCCGCACCGCGCCCUGCGCCACACCGGUUCGCUCGUACUGCGCGAAAACCGAAGGCGCAGUGGAGCUGGACGAACAGCUAAAGAAGGAUGGAGGCGGCAGCGAAGAAGCCAGCGACAAAAGAAGAAAUGCAGGCAUCCUGCCAAGUCUGGAGGAUUUGCUCUUCUACACAGUUGCAGAAGGUCAAGAGAAGAUUCCUGCUCAUAAAUUUCUCACAGCACUUAAGGCCACAGGGCUACGCACUGGAGACCCCCGGCUGAAGGAGUGUAUGGAAACCCUCAAAGAGACUCUAAAGAAAACAUCAGAUGGCGUAACAUUGGACAGGCACCUGUUCAAGAGGUGUGUCCAGAGCAACAUUGUCCUGCUCACUCAGGCCUUCCGCAAGAAGUUCGUCAUCCCAGACUUCCAGUCCUUCACCUCCCAUAUUGAUGAGCUGUAUGAGAAUGCCAAAAAUCUCUCUGGAGGACAGGUUGCAGACUACAUUCCUCAGCUUGCCAAAUUCAACCCUGACCUGUGGGCCGUCUCCCUGUGCACAGUCGACGGACAGAGACACACAGUAGGAGACACCAAGGUCCCCUUCUGUCUGCAGUCUUGUGUCAAGCCUCUGAAGUAUGCUGUCGCUGUGCACGACCACGGCACAGAGUACGUGCACAGUUUCAUUGGAAAGGAGCCCAGUGGCCUGCGCUUUAAUAAGCUCUUCCUGAACGAAGAUGAUAAGCCCCACAACCCCAUGGUGAAUGCUGGCGCUAUUGUUUGUACUUCACUGAUAAAGCAAGGUGAAGGCAACGCAGAAAAAUUUGACUAUGUCAUGAACUUUCUGAAAAACAUGGCAGGAAACGAGUAUGUGGGUUUCAGCAAUGCCACAUUCCAGUCGGAGCGUGAGUCAGGGGACAGGAACUUUGCCAUCGGCUACUACCUGAAAGAAAAAAAGUGUUUCCCAGAGGGGACAGACAUGACGUCUGUGCUGGACUUCUACUUUCAACUUUGUUCCAUUGAGGUGACCUGUGAGAGCGCCAGCGUCAUGGCAGCCACCCUGGCUAACGGUGGGAUCUGCCCAAUCACGGGUGAGCGCGUGCUGAGCCCAGAGGCGGUGAGGAACACCCUGAGUCUGAUGCACUCCUGCGGCAUGUACGACUUCUCAGGACAGUUCGCCUUCCACGUCGGUCUGCCGGCCAAGUCUGGAGUAGCGGGCGGGAUCUUGCUGGUUGUACCCAACGUGAUGGGCAUCAUGUGCUGGUCACCUCCACUGGACAAGCUGGGCAACUCUGUCAGAGGAAUACAGUUCUGCACGGACCUCGUGGAACUUUUCAACUUCCACAACUACGACAACCUGAGACACUUUGCCAAGAAGCACGACCCUCGCAGAGAAGGAGGGGACCAGCGGCAGCUCUCCUUCGGACCCAUGGAUUACGAGAGCCUCCAACAAGAGCUAGCUCUGAAAGCCCCUCUGUGGAAAAAGGUGUCCCCCACUGAGUCGCACCAGGACAGCUCUACCACUGUAGUCUAUAGGAUGGACACUGUCAGCGAGUGAAACUUAAAAAAAAAAAAAAAAAAAAGGAGCACUUGUCCCGCACACCCCCACCUCACCUGAUCUCUCGCAGCAGCACCACCAUCUUUCCUUGCCCUUUGAUAUUUAUAUAUAAAUUAUGUAGAGGAUUAUUUAUUGCUUGUGAAGCAGUUACUGUGUGGACGGACUGGGAAGCUUCUUUUGUUUGUGUCUGUGUUGGAGAAAUGGGACGAGUUACUGCUUGUUUGUUUUUACUCUGAAUUCCAGAUGAACUUGUAGCCUCCACCUGGUUGUUGCCUUAGUGUGUGUGUAGGAUCUGAUGUACAGUGUACAGGUUGUGCUCUUGUUACAUCUCACCCCAUUUAUUGCAAUGUUAUUUUGUUUUGGGUUUUUUUUGUUUUUUUUUGUGUUUUGUUUUUUUCAUUUCAACAGAAUCCUAUUUAAAAUGUAGGCUAAGGGUUGAUUUGAGAUUCUGUUUUAUUUUAUUUCUAUUUUGACAAAAGGAAAAAAAGAAUGAUGUAUGAGUGUGUUUGCAUGUGUGGAGCUUCAGUGCAGCCAGUCUUUAGACCAACAGUCUCCACAUCCACGGUCAGACUGCUAAUGAUUGCUUACUGUAGCUCACACUGAGGCCCCAGAGAUUAGCACAUUAAAGCAGAUGCUGAUGUACUGUAGGAGAUGAUCACAAUGUGACAUUGUGCGUCUUAGGAUUUUACUAAUGGGAAGUGUUGGGUCAAAGGAGAAUAUUGUUAACAUAUCAGUUAGCUGUGAACGCUCGGGCUUUGGCUUAAAUUUUUUAAAAAUGAGCCCUGACUUCUGAAGGGAUUUUAAUAAUGCAGGGUUUUGUUUUUGUUUUUUGCUUUUCUAAUUAAUGAUGGGCAAAGGCGUUUUCGCACUACUGAAUCAUUAGAAUCAGUUCAUUCAAAAGAUUUGUUUAAAAGAUUCAUUCAACAAAUGGUUAAGUGCUUCACUGAAGCGCAGAUCGGUCAUUGGUGCAUCUCAAAUAUUUCCCUAUACAUAUCAGUCUGGGUAAUGUCAUACAUCUGCAGUUCAAGGUCAAUGUUGUUGAAUCUUUGAAGCUUAAAGUCAGCUGUGCAUUUGUUGUCUUGAACAGACCUCAUUCCUCCUGUGAACGAAUGACUUGAAUCACUCAGUGAGUUUAUCCCUGCACGUUUGCUCACAGCUGACUUGUUUCAGGAAGUGAUUCAGUUCAGUUCGUUCUCACAAAAGAUUAGUUCUCUUGAACAAAACCUUCACAAACAACACUACAGUAUUUCCAAUCUCACAUGCUGGACUUUGAAAGGAAAAAUCAACACAAAAACUGAGCGCCUGUCACUGUAAGGCAAGGCAAGUUUAUUUAUAUAGCACAUUUCAACAAGGCAAUUCAAAGUGCUUUACAUAGAGCUUAAAAAGCAUCAAGACAGAAUAUGAGAGCAACACAAGUAGAAAGACAUUUAAAUACAAAUAAAAAGUGUUGAAUUUGGAAAUAAAAAGAAGCUAAAAAGGAAUAAGACAGAUAAAACUGUAGCUCAAAGACAGACAUGAUCCUCGCCGACAGAUGUUUGCAUUAGAAUAAAGGCAGACCACUGCGAUAAAUGGAAAUCCCACAUUAAAGUCAGUUGAUCUGCAAAACAUGUUGCAGGAGUAAAACUGUACAUUUGUAUGUGCUGGAAUUAUUUUUAAUAGUAAAUUCUAAAUUGAAUAACUUUGAAAUAUAACAUUGUUUGUGCACCCUCCAUAUCUUUAUUGAUGGAGUACAAAACAGACAUUAGAGUCCUGAGAACUUGGACCUAAAAACACAAUCAGGGUUGAGAAACAGUUGAUGUACAUUGUGCUGACUGAACUGGAAGUUCUGUUUUACCACGGUUUCUAUUUUCAAUAUGCCAGUAUUUGUGCUAAUUUCUCUGAUUAUGUUGUGGUUGAUACAACACAAGCAAAUAAAGGUUUGCUCAGCCAAAGGAGAGAGGUGAGGUGACUAGAACAACAGGCUGUUUGUAAGGCUCCUGGUGGAGACUCGUUUGACCCGAUAGUCCUCAUUUACCUGUCAGACUGUCAGGAGCAACGACCUCGGUGGACUGGCUGCAGCGGCUGAGCUGCUGUGGAGUUUGGAUGAAAAAAUGUGUGUGGGUGGCUGAUUGUUUGUUUUUGAUUUGUGUGUACACUCAGUAUUGCAUCGCGUGAUGGAGGAUGGAGGGUGUUGUUUGUUACAGCAGUAAGGGCCCGUGUUGUGAGCAGCAGGUGACUGCUGCAUCCAGGCUGUUUUCACUGUCUGUUUACACUGCGCACAGAAAUAUGGUUGUGUUGACACAGGUCGCCUCAGUCUGGAGAUUAAGCUGCUCACUACAGAAAUGGAGAGCAGUGAUCUAUAUGUUGACCUGUCCAGAGUGUGUCCCACCUCUCACCCAGAGUCAGCUGGGAUUGGCUACAGCGCCACCACCACCCACCACCACACACACUUCUGUGGUACUGAUUUAAAUCAACACAGAAAAGCAGUUGUGUAAACAUCCAAUUCUACAUUUUCAGUCAAUCAUGAAAGCGCAGGCACAGAAACUCAUGUAUGAUAUUGGCAAAUUACAAAGAAUGGCCAGCUCUGUCAGCAGAGGAAGAUGAUAUUAAAUGGAUGUUAUCAAAUUAUUUUAGAAGCAUCAAGUCCACUGGUCCAGAAAUGUUUAUGUUUACUGCUGUGAAUAUUCCUUACUAAAAACACAUAAGGUUCGAACCCUUCAAAGACAUAUUUUUUGCGCAUUAUGUCCGGCAGAGUGCAAACAACAUCACAAGAGUUAUAACUACUUGUACAGGUGCUCAUGGAUGCAUUUUUUGAGAUGUGCCCUCAGGGUGUUAUGGAUCUGGAGUGGUAGGCUAGGCUAACUGUAGCUUACUUAUAACCUUGAGGUUCUGACUGACUACUGACCAAAACACAAAGUAUUUCCAAUCGGAGCUCGGAGUGACACUCGCUCUCUGUGCAGCAGAGCUGGGUUGUGAACUCACUGCCAUCAUUUCUGCACAGUUGUUGAAUUAUCUGCUCGUUUCAGCUUGACCUGUGUUUCACCUUCAGUCAGUGACAGUGACGAAGUGUCCGUCAUACGGUCGCCUCAGUGCUGCUCUUUCACAAUUGAAUGUCUGUUUAUUUUUACAGUUUGAUUACAUAAUCAAAUGUAUGACUAUUGGUUGACACCCCCAAUGCAGAUUGAGUGUCGGCAUGCAAACUCACACAGAACAUGUAUCCAGUGUUACUCUUAAACUAAGGUUAUUCAAACUUGUUUCAGUAGACAUAACUUACUGAAUUUGUGAAUGUACAUAGCAGCAGGUGUAUAUAGCUUUUAGGUGUGUGUCUGCACAUGAGUGAUGACUCUCAGCAGCAGAACUGAGUGUGUGUGUGUUGAAUUUACACUUAAGACGUUCCGAAUUUAUGGUAUUAUCUCCUCCAGGAAAUAGAAAGACUUGCACAUGAAUGUCAUGUCAGCAGAUGCCUUAGAUGUCGCUCUAUUGUGACUGUGCUAGGGGGAAGGGGGGGGGGAUUUAUCUGUUUGUUACUCAAUCAUUGUUGAAACUGUACAACUGGUGUGUGGUGUUUAUCAGUGGAUUUGACUCCAAGUGAUAGAUGCCAGAGCCAAUAAUACCCCGUUACUACUCUGUCAUGUUGUUGAGUGAAGUAUUUUAUUUAUUUUAUUAUAAGUCAUGGACGUCUGUUAUUGUUUUUUUGUUUGUUUUUUUCGUUUUUCAAGUUUCUGCUCUUUAUUGUGUGGAGGUACAAGAAGCCUUUUUCAUACUCCUGCUGUGUUUUCCACAGUUUGUCUGUCGGCUACUUUGAAUGAUUUUAUUCAUAUUCCUGUUACUUCAUGCUAAAGUUUGCAGUGGACUUCUAGAAAGUACUGACAGUGGGACAGUUAAAGUUAUAAUCCUUAAGAUUUUCAAUAUAUCAGACACUGUUUGAUACACAUUAAAAAGCCAGCAGAUCAGUGCUGGAAGCAGAAGAUGCUGCUUCUCAUCUUCUGCUUCCAGUACUGACCUGCUGCAUGUAGAUUCACAGUAACCAGGUUACUGCAGUGCAUGGAAACCAGCGUCACCUGGAUUCUCUGAGUGACCACGUUGCUGUAAAUGCAAUAACUGCCAGCAACUGAGUCAGACUGAAGAAGUGGCACAUGCAUCCAUCGCAUGUAAUUUGUCACAUUAUGAUGUUGUUCAGAUGAGAACAAAACAUGUCACAAGACAACAUAUUAGUAUAUGAAGACAUUAAAACUAGUAACAACAAUCUUAAGAAUUACAACUUUAAAUGUACAAUUAUACUAUGAUGAUGGAUGUGCUUAAAUUCAGCACAGUUAAACAGUGAUAUCAUUAUGAUUUUCUACAUGAUGAUGAAGUCAGCUUCAUUAUGGUUUAGGUAUUGUCAUGGCCACAGUUUGUGGGAUCACCUCAGAUGUGAUUUUAGUUUCUCAUCUCAGUCUCAACCUUUUUUUUUUUUUUUUUUUCUGACCAGUCAGUCAUAAAAUGUGCGUGAAGGGAAUCAGUCUCCUUUGUGACAAUGUGCAAGUCUUUAUUUCUUUGCUGCUACAGGGUAUUCCGCACCACCAGCACCCCUGGCCCCAAAUCUAAAACCCAGUGCCUGCAUGUCUACGAGACUGGACCAGAGCAGCUCUGACAUGAGACUGGCUCGACCUGAUCGCUGAUCUGAUUUGUUCCACUUUGGUAAAUGGCGUCAGUGGUGCUGGAGGGUCAAUGAGCUGUGUUACUUGAAGUUUGUGAUCGGUAAAACUUUUCUUACUCCUCAAAGUCUGAUAUUACUCUGCAGAAGGGCUUUUGAAUGCAGUAAUGAGUGUUUCCAUUCAAAUCAUCACAUUUUCAUGUAUGUUUUUUUUUUCUCUUUGAAUUCUCAUCUCCCCCUUGCAUGCUUAUUUGUGUCUGAUUUGAUGAAUGUCUUUUUAAUCCCAUGUUGUAUGUUCAUUUCAUUUUUCUUUUCACAUGUCUUUAUUUAUGUUGAUUUGUGUCUUGGACAUACAUUUUAUCCCUUAUGACAUUGAAAUUGCAUAUAAAUUUAAAAAUCUAUCACUACCAUUGUUAUUUGGUGACCUUGGAAUUGUAAGGUUCUCUAAUGUCCCGGUCCGAUAUUAGAUAUUUAUAUGUCGUUUUUAAAACGUCUCUUUUUGCCAAAAAAUUUAUUGUUGAGAUUGAGAAAAUACAAUUUUACAUGUUAAAUUAAAAUAAAUUCCUCAAACCUGCAGUGGAUGAAACCGUACAGUUCCAAGCUCAUGACUGAUGACUGUUAAACUUCUCUUUGUUUUGAUUUUUCUCUGUCCACAUGGUUGUAAAUCUGUAAAGUCUCCAUAAACUCAUGAACUGUCCUGUCUGCUUGGAGAAGACAUGAACUCGUCUUCCUCGUCUUUUGUUUUUUUUUUCUUGGCUGUGACGAACUUGCAGACUCGACAGUGACAGUGGUGUUAAGAUUUUUGUUGCCUUGGUGUCCCUUGUAUAAAAUCCAAUAAAGCACUGUUCUCUUCUCUAAAAUCUU